AUGGCUGGAAUAAUCCAAUGUACAGACCCUACCUGGCGUGGGGUCCUCGGGCUUCUGCGCGGCGCUCGCCCGGGACUGGGACGCAGAGCCGCGGACGGCUUUGGGGACGGCGGGGCUCCGGACUUCUCCGGCGGCGCCUCACGGGCGGCGAUCGCCCGGGAGCCUUGGGGCUCGGCACCCAAGGCCUCCCCACCGGGCUCCGAGGGACGCAGCGGUCUCGCCACCGCUUUAGGCCGAAUCCGGUGCCUUCUGGAAAUGGCCUCCUGCAGCUCCAGAGCGCCUGCAGGAUAUUAUCAGCCAAGCUAGAACACAAGGCAGCCCACCAACCCAGCACAGAUUUGAACAGGCAGCUGAGGAGAGAGCCUGGGAUGCCAGCUCUGAAGUGUUCACCGCUAGAAGUGUUCCCUUGUCAAAGAAAGAAGCCAUCCCUUGUCAGUAGAUGGUCAGGAGUUCAAGACCAGCCUGGGCAACAUGGUGAAACCCCGUCUUUACAAAAAAAUACAAAAAUUAGCCAGG